AUGGCUUUUAUUCUACCAAAAUAUGUUUUGACAUUAUUUAAACGAAAUGUUUCACAAAAUUUUGUUAAUUGUAUAAGUAUUAAAAACAAUAGUUUACACAAAUUGUAUCAAGAAUCGAAAAUCCGACACUUUCGAUCUAAUAUAGAUAUAUGUCUCUCGGAAUACUUUAGAUCAACGAAUGCAGGGGUACGGACGAUAUAUUCCUCCACGUCUCAGAAUACGUUUCUGUCGAGUAAAGAUGAAAGCCGUGAACUAAUGGCUAUUUGGCCCGAUAUUGUUCGUGACCUUACGGAUGCUGGUGACCUUGACAUACCAGAUGUUACCAAAUGGUUGGCGAAGGUACUGCAGUACAAUGUUCCUGUAGGAAAGAAGAAUAGAGCGUUGACGGUUAUACACGCAUACAAAUUACUAUCCUCUUCUGAUCAAUUAACAGAAGAAAAUAUUCGUUUAGCACGUAUUCUAGGCUGGUGCAUAGAAUUGCUACAAGCAUUCUUUUUGGUAAUUGACGAUAUUCAAGAUCAAUCCAAAAUGCGACGAAAUCAACCAUGCUGGUAUUUAAAUAAUGGUAUUGGGUUGGCGGCUGUUAAUGAUGGUAUAAUGUUGAAAAUGUGUAUAUACCGGCUCCUUAGGAAACACUUUAAAUCGAAAGACUGUUAUUUAAAUCUCAUAGAAUUGUUUUUAGAUUCUACAUGGAAAACGUUAAUGGGUCAAUGUCUAGAUUUAUUAUCAACAAAUUUUGGAAAAAAAUCAAAUUUAGAUUUGUUUACCAUGGAUCGGUACAAUUCUAUUGCUAAAUACAAAACAGCUUACUAUUCAUUUGUGUUACCAACUACUGCUGCUAUGUGUCUUGCUAAUAUAAAAGAUUCAGAAAUGUACAGGCAAGCAAAAACAAUUUUACUAGAAAUGGGUCACUUUUUUCAAGUACAAGACGACUAUUUAGAUUGCUAUGGUGAUUCAGAGACCACUGGAAAAAUUGGUACAGAUGUAGCAGAAGGAAAAUGUUCGUGGCUUGUUGUUGUAGCUUUACAACGUGCUACACAAGAGCAAAGAAAGGUUUUAGAGGAAUGUUAUGGACAAUCUGAUAUAGACAAAGUAAAUCGUGUGAAACAGCUUUACAAUGAAUUAGGUUUACCAAAUACUUAUACCAUUUAUGAAGAAGAAACGUACAAUUUAUUAAACACUCAUAUACAACAAGUAUCGCGUGGUCUUCCGCAUGACUUCUUUUUUAAGUUACUUCACAGAGUAUGCCGUAGAGUGGCACGAAAAGAUUAAUUAUGCAGUUAAAAACGACAAAUUGUGUCGUUAUUGUAAUUCAGGAAAAAAUAUACUGUGCUUCCUUUACUUUAUGCAUUUUUAGAAAUUAAAUGUUUAUUACUAAUAUUACUGACAAAGGAUAAAU